GCUUACUGUAGCAGUAACCCUAAGAACAGUGAUAUUGCAAGAAUUCAAGGUGCACGCAUGACCUGAGAUAACGUUUAUAUAGAAAUCUGGACGGACAUUCCAAAUCUGGAGAUAUUAUCCCUUGACCCACAUCGAGAAUAUCUUUGGUUCCUACCCCGCAUUAAGUUCGAAAGGCAAAAAAGUGGUUAUCUCAGCCUGCAUGACGGUUUGGACUAGCACGAAGAGAUUCGCAGUCCAGCACACAGAUCUCCGAGAAAAAAAAAAUUAGAAUCGGGCAGGAAAACUGCUCAUUCAACUAUGAUCUCUGUAAAGCACAGGUCGCCUUCCAAAUCCAUGGAAGCCUCACAUAAUAAAGACAACCGCGUCAAGAAGCGCUCGUCUAAUGCCUGCCAACGAUGCCGACGACAAAAGAUCAAAUGCUCGGGAUCGCAGCCGUGCGACACUUGUAGCAAGCGCAAAUCAACCUGCACGUUUGAUGAUCGGGACCAGAAGAUUCUCGUUACCCGGGGAUACCUCGAAGACCUGCAGCGCAAGCUAGCACUCCUCAAGGGCGGCGAAGAUGAAGUAUACAGCCCCCAGAGUAUGGAACAGGAGGUGCUCCGACCGACCGACGGUAAGCCGUCGCUGCCGGACGCAACCGGACGUGCCAUCCCAAGCGAUCCGAUUCUAGGAGGCGACGACCUGGCCGUCGAAGGUGAACAGGAAUGGGGUCAGAAUCUCGAAGGCGCUUCACAGUUAACAAACCCAUUGUCGUCGGGUCCGUCGACGUUUAUGGCGGCAGCAUCCGGUCGAAUCUUCUACCUAGGAACCUCGUCCAAUUGGUCCUUCGCGAGGAAGAUUCUGAGCAUGACGCAUGAGCAUCUCUACAACGCACCCUUACCGACGGGGAGUCUCAACUUUGAGGGGUCCGUAUACGAUCUGGGCUGGGAGGGCACGAGGACCACCGUGACCAACGAUAUUCCCAUGGCGCCGCCCUUGGACUUCUCCAUCUACCUCAUCAAUGCCGUCAAGUUCCAUGCGGGUCAGCUGUUCCACCUCUUCGACGAGGAUACCUUCAUGGGGGGCCUGUACGCCUUCUACGAGAAUCCAGAGCAUCAGAUGGCGCAUUCGGGCUUGUGGUAUAUCCAUUACUUGCUCAUUCUGGCGUUUGGCAAGGCGUUUGUCGUGCAGCGAAAUCAAGGGAGUCGACCGUCCGGCUGUGAGUUCUUUACCAAGGCGUUGCAGUUGCUGCCGGACACCACCAACCUCUGCCGAGAACCCAUUGUCGCCACGGAGAUUCUCUGCUGCAUUGCCUUGUAUCUGCAAUCGCUCGACUUUCGCAACUCGGCCCACAAUUAUAUUGGCCAAGCAACGCGGAUCGCCCAGGCCCAGGGAAUGCACACCGAUAUGUCCGCGGAGCACCUAGGGGAUGCCAUCGUCCAACGAUGCCGGCGGAUCUGGUGGACGAUCUACAUCCUCGAUCGCCAAAUGACCUCGUUGAUGGGGCUGCCGCAAUCCAUCCGAGACGAUCAGCUACACCACGAGCUUCCCUACUUCCCGGGAUCGCCCCAGAAGGCGAUCGCCCUCAGCAUGCAGAUCAAGGUGUGCCAGAUCAUGGACGAAAUCAACAGCAGUGUCUAUGGGCCGGAUGGGCGUUUGAAUCGGAAUUUCCUGUUGCGCACGAAGAGUGCCCUCGCCAGCGCGGCCGAGUUGAUCACGGAGCUUCGAAAAUGCUACGACUUGCGCUUGGACGAGUCCUCGAUCAGCGGUGUAUCCCGACUCUCGGCGCACUUACAUCUCCUCUACCAUCAGUGCAUCGUGUUGGCCACUCGACCGGUGUUAUUUUGCUUUUUAAGGAUGCGAAUCCAAACCAGCGACAGUUCGCUCGAAUCCCUGAACUCGUCGGCCAACGUACGCAAGCUGCUGCAGGUCUGCAUCGACUCGGCGCAGCAAAUCCUGAACAUCCUCACCGUCCUCCAGCGACAGAACCUCCUAGGUACGGACCCCUUCGCGGACUCCGGGGUGGGCCCCGCUGACCGACGUCUAGACAGUUUCCUCCCGUUCGACCUCGAAGCCACAUAUACCGCCGCCGUAGUCCUGGUUGCCGCCCCCGCGGCCGACGCGUCCCUGCUCGACGACUGGACUCCGUGGUUCCACAGCAGCGUCACGGUAUUGGAUGAGAUGAUCUCGCGCGGGAAUCUGAUCGCCGGGUUUCGCAAGUCCGAGUUGCAGCAAUUGGCCGGGAUGCUGAGCCAUCUGUCCGACGGAGUCAUUCACACUACCGACGUGGGCAGGAAGGGAGGCCAGCUCGAUCGUAUUAUCUCCCGACUCCCCUCCCCGUCCACCCCGGAUCGGGUGUUUGGGAUUUCAGAUAUUCCCAAUCUCCAUCCAGGACUAACGACAGCGGAGAUCAUGGCCGUGGCGGAGUCGAUCGACACGGGGGAUGUGGAUUGGAUUGCGCACGCGGUCACGGAGAAUCACAUCUGGUAGUUUGAUGAUUGUUGUUAUAGUAGCGAUGAUAUCCGAUAGAAAUGAGACACGAAUUACUUGCCAAGCAAUGGACGUGCGAAGGUUGUUCCAC